CCUGUAUGUGUUUCCUCUUUAAGCCUUCAUAAGAGCUGUAAAAACCCUUACACACUUAAAAUACAGUCUGCCUGCCUGCUACUAUGAUGAUCCUAUUAACAACCAUUUUACUAAUGAUGAUAACAGGACACAGUACAUCUGAAUAUGUUCAGAGUCUUCGCUGUAACUUUGAGCAUAAGAACAAUGUGUCUGACAGAAUAUGGUGCAGGAGAGAUGACCAGAACGAAAACUGCUGUACAGGAUUUUCAUUUAAGCCAGGUGUCAAAACUUUAGAAGAUAAUAAAAUACUAGUUAAUGAAGACGAAAAGUCGUUUGUUGUGUCCAUGUUAACAUUGACUCAUGGAGAGGGAGUCUACUGGUGCGGGUUGAUGGAUAAAGACAAGAAAUCCAUUAUUAAACUGAACCAGAAGCACUUUUACGAUCCAAUGGAUUUUAUCUGGUCCAUACUCCGCUGGAUUAUAUUUAUUUUGCUUGCUUUGAUGUUCAUCUCAAUUAACAUUUAUAUAAACAAGAAAUAUGGAAAUGAAGAAAACACAUACGAAGACAUUAGGAUGCGGGUGAAGGAAUAAAGAGGCUAAGACAUUGGCCGAAGACAUGAAGAAAACAUGGUCCGACAUCCGCCAUAGGUGUGAAUUUAUGUGUACUAUUCUUGAAUAUGUUAUAUGCAGUUCUUUAUUUUUUUGUUAACGUUUUUGAUUAAAAAAAAACUUGUGCUUUGAAGCUUUUUAAAAUCUUUAAGAAAGUUAAACUUCAUUUAAGUAACAAAAAUGUAAUUCUUCAUUGUUUAAGCUUUUGACGGUCAAGAAAUAUGCAUCAGUUGUAAAUAAACUUUGUGUUUAAAUAAAAGUAUACUACAGUA